AUUGAGCACAGAACACUCUUUCUCUAUGUGAAUGCAUAGUGUUCUUGUGAGCAAGCAACCAUGAAUAAUUCGAGUUCUUCUUCAUCAAACCCUCCACCGACAGACAUGGAUAACUUAUCAAUACCUACAGAUGGCUCAGGGAAGAAGAUCAGGAAGCCUUAUACAAUUACCAAGUCAAGAGAGAGUUGGACGGAGGAAGAACACAAUAAGUUCCUGGAAGCUCUCCAACUUUUUGAUCGUGACUGGAAAAAAAUUGAAGAUUUUGUUGGUUCGAAGACAGUGAUUCAGAUAAGGAGUCAUGCUCAAAAGUAUUUCUUGAAGGUCCAAAAAAAUGGGACAAUAGCACAUGUACCACCUCCCCGUCCUAAGCGGAAAGCUGCUCAUCCCUACCCACAAAAGGCACAUAAAAAUGUUCUAGUUCCAUUUCAGGCACCAUUAUAUCAUUCUUCAUUAAAUUCCCUUGCAUGUGAUUAUCCUCCCUGGGAUGAUUCUUCUAUGCUUAUCAACUCUUCGUCCGGCGGUGUUGCUCCCGUUGAGGAAGACUGCAAUCCUCAUGCAGUUGAAGCGGAUAUUGGCUUGCAUGCUGUAGAUAGGAUCACUAACAGUAGCAUAGCUGGGAGCUCCAGUUGGAACCUAGCAAAUUCUGAUUUACCGAAGCAAGGUUCUCUGCUUCAUGGUAUACCCGACUUUGCUGAAGUCUAUAGUUUCAUUGGAAGUGUCUUUGACCCCGAAACAAAAGGCCAUGUGCAGAAGCUCAAGGAGAUGGAUCCUAUCAAUUUUGAGACAGUUUUGCUGCUGAUGAGAAAUCUAACUAUCAACUUGACAAGUCCGGAUUUUGAGCCUAUUAGGAAGGUUCUGUCAUCUUAUGAUGUGACUACAAGAAUGGUAGGAAUCACAGCAGGAAACGCUUUCAAGAACCAAGAGGAAUGAUAACUGGCAGUCGAUUCUCAGCUGUUUUUGUUGUUAAAUAUGCUGCAGUCAGUUCAGGUUGUACUUGGAUGGGUAUAUGCUAUGCCAUCGGCAGGACUAUGGAUGAAAUAACUAUGAUCUAUUAUAGAUUGCUUUCCGAGUUUCGAUCAAGUAUUUGGGUGACAAAUGAGAUGUAAAUGCUUCUUUACCAGCAGAAUCUACUUCUUCGAUGGCAGCAAAAGAAGAAUGAAUUUCCAAAAUGAACAUAUUGGGAGAUGAAAGGAAGAGAUUCUCAUGUUAUUAUUCAAGCUUAAUGGAUGUGUAAGAAAUGUUCUGGGAAGAAUGCAAAGGUUUUUCCCUGUUUUUGGUUCUUGUUCUUUUUUGCUCAACUGAUUCAUCUAAGGUUUGCAAAUGUUUAAUUACCCAAGGUUUGCUGUUUCAUGUAAAUUGGUUUGUGUUGUUGAAUUUUGUUUUGGCAACAAAGCUGAGUUAGUGAGCAGAGUGUAGAAAUAUGGAUCUAGUGAAUUGGCUUGGGUUUGAUUAAUUUAUGAUUUCACUGAACAUAUUGAAUUAAAUUUGAGUUUGAAUAUAUAAAUGGGCUUUAGAUGUU